GCGCACGCGCCCACCACGUGACCUCGCCUCCUACGGCGCCUGCGCAGGAGCGAACAGCGGCCCCCGUUAAGCUCGGGCGGCUCGGCCGCGGAAUGGGGGGAACGGCGGCCGAAGCGGAUCGGACUCUGUUCGUGGGGAACCUGGACCCUAAAGUCACCGAGGAGCUGAUCUUCGAGCUGUUCCAUCAGGCAGGUCCGGUAAUUAAGGUGAAGAUCCCUAAAGAUAAAGAUGGUAAACAAAAGCAGUUUGCGUUUGUGAGUUUUAAGCAUGAAGAAUCUGUCCCCUAUGGGAUGAAUCUCCUUAACGGGAUCAAGCUCUAUGGACGGCCCAUCAACAUUCAGUUCCGCUCAGGGAGCAGCCACGCAUCUCAGGACAGUAAUUUGUCGUGUUUACCACACGGAGCAGCCAGCUUGGGUCCAUCUGGCACAACACAUCCAGCCAGCAGACAUGACAGGAAUACAGAUAACAUGGUAGCAGCAGGGUUCUCAUCUAUGCAGAGGUCUUUGCCAUCUCAUGACAACCUUCAGAGACAAGCAGGGAUGCACGGCGCCGCUUGGCAGCAACCUCAGCCUGGCUUUGCUGUUCCUGGGUACCAACACGGCCAUUCCCUCACUCACCCAUCAGCCUCCCACAUGCUGCGACGUCCAGACAUUGCAGCAGUGCGUAAGAGCAGGAUGGGCUCCCACCCUUACUACCAGGACAGCAGGAAUUUGGGCCGAGAACAGCGUGCGGGGGACAGGGGACCUGAUUAUAGCAGGGGCAAAAGGGAUGACUAUGGCUUUGAAGACAGAGGGCACGUCUCUGAGCACCACUAUAGGGCGAGCAGAGAUGAGCCAUUCUAUGAUGAUAGGAAUCGCAAUGCGUGGAGCCACGAUUACGACAGCAGAAGAGAGAGCUACAGAGAGGGCAGCUGGCGCUUGACUCGGCACUGACACACACACGGAGGGGUUUAAAGAACUUAAUGCAAAAGAAAAAGAAAUCAAAGUCCCAUUUUAAUGUCUGUAAAUUGUCCAAUGAUCCUCCAAACCCAGCAGCUCCGUUUUAGUGUGUGAACUCUACAAGAUGCAAGAAAACAAACGUGCCACGGUUGUGUAUGAUAAAGAGCCUGUGUUAUUUUUAUAGGGAGGCGAUACCAGGUGGAGCUGCAGCUCUUUUUUAAGCAGAUUUGAAGCAAUACGAUGCUUUUGCGGCAUCUCAAGUGUUGUUUUGAUACGGAAACGAUCCCUUUUGUACACGCCUUGUCUCAAAGAAGAAUCCCCCCCAAUCUCCCUGUGGAUAAAUCGUAUUUUAACGCUG